AUGCCAGCAUCCGCAUCUGCUAGCUCUUCGAGGAAGCCUUUGGGCUCCUCCUCCUCCAAAAUGUCAAGCGGAGAGAUCAAGCUGUACAAGACCGUCAUGUCGAAUCCUGACCAUGUGAGUGGGUCCAAAACGAGUGCCUCGCACUCAAUUUGCGCCACAGUGUUCCGCUGCCAAGACCUCAGUAAAGAGGGCGACUCAGCAUCGAGGAUGGCAGAUACUGGGGUCCUCCGUUCGCAGCCGGAGCUACCCCUUACAAUCUGCCAAAAAGCUUGCCAUGCUGACCAAACCCUUACAACCCUUACGCCUCCACAGACGAUGGGCGAUGAUCAGCUGGAACAGUCUGUCACGCUUCCUUUGGACCAGCUAAUGGAAGCGAUCAAUGGCUUGCUGCGCAAAAGUCUUCUGACCAUCUCCAACGUCAAAGGCAAGCAGACUUAUACGGCCAUUUCUCGCAGUGAAGCCAGUCUCAUCGGAUCCUUGGAUACGGACGAGACGAUCAUCUAUCAGCACAUCAAGGAAGGCGGCGAUCGAGGUAUCUGGACAAAGUCCCUCAAAGCCAGGUCAAACCUGCAUCAGACUGUAAUGACGCGCGUCUUGAAAAAUCUGGAGCAGAGGCAGUUGGUCAAGGUAGUCAAGGAUGUCAAGGCAAGUUGGAGGAUGUGUUGGAGCGCGCUGCGACGGAGCUGACCGAAUCCUACCUUUCCUAUUCUAGACACCCACGCGCAAGAUUUAUAUGCUAGCCAACCUCACGCCUGCAGCGGACAUGAGUGGAGGACCUUGGUACACUGACAACGAGCUUGAUACUGUCUUCAUUGAGCAGCUUUGUGGAGCUCUGCAUCGACACAUCGCACAGGUCGUGAGUGAACUCGGUGAGCUCGCUGUCCUGUUCAGCAUUGACCGCAUGUGCCCAACAGACAUGGCCUCAAGUGGAUAAUAGUACAGCCCCUUUGGGACCUCUUCAUCCUGCAUCGCAUUCGCGCUCACUACCGACUGCAUCGAGCUGUUUGAGGUGGCUCAAGGCGCGUAAAGUCACCGAUAUCGAGCUGGAUGUGGAACAUGUCAACACAUUGCUGCAGGUACUCGUCUACGACGACAAGAUUGAAAAGAUCCCUUCGACCGGUUUCCCCAGCUUUUCAAGCUCCAAUCAGCGUAGAAAGGAUCCCAACGCGGAGUGGCAGGACGGUGAGGUGUCUGGCCAAGAGACUGCUAGCGAGAGCGAAGACGACGUCAGGAGCGACAGAAGCGGAAGCAGCAGGAGCCGCAGCAGAAGCAGUAGUGAGAGCAGUGCAAGUGGGAGCUCGAGCACUGCGUCCGACUCAGACAGUGGGAGCGAUUCGAGGUCCUCAAGAGCUACCUCGCGCUCUCGAAGUCGCAGCGUGUCAACCCGUAGCGAUAGCGGCAGUGAAGGAGGACCUCGACGCAAACGAAGCUCUUCGAGACGCAGCAGCUCCGGGAAAUCAUCUUCCAAAAGCAAGAAAAGGAAGCGAAAGGAGCACAAAAGCUCCUCCAGGAAGCGCCAUCGCGAUGACAGUCGCAGUCGGAAUCGGCCCCGAUCGAAGUCUGACUCCCACUCGAAUAAAGACCGGUCUCGAUCCAAGUCAAAAUCAGGCUCACACAAGAGUUCCCGGAAGAAAGAGAGUGAGAGUAAAUCAAGCAAAGAUAGAAGAGAGCGAUCGAGCACCUCCAAGCCUGCUUCUGCCGUCAGGAAUGCCGCUGUAGCAGCCAUACCUGUGAACUCGGACGAGGAAUUCGAAGAAGAAUUCAACGUGGGCGGUGAGCUCUGGGUGUACAGAGCCAUCAAACCGUUCAGUGUGCACGUCGCCUGGACCGAGACUCCAUGCGGACAUUGUCCCGUAUUCGACUUUUGCGAACCCAAAGGUCCCGUCAAUGCGGAAGGGUGCAUUUACAUGGACGAAUGGAUAUACCGGGCUGGGCAGAAGGAAGAGGACGAAGAUGGAGAAGACGAUCCUAUGGAUGCGAAGGACGCUGCAUAA